UACAAACUGGUGAUGCUGGGCGCCGGCGGCGUGGGCAAGAGCGCUAUGACCAUGCAGUUCAUCAGCCAUCGAUUCCCGGAAGACCACGACCCCACCAUUGAAGAUGCUUAUAAAAUCCGGAUCCGUAUUGACGAUGAGCCUGCCAAUCUGGACAUUUUGGACACAGCUGGACAGGCAGAGUUCACAGCCAUGCGGGAUCAGUACAUGAGGGCAGGAGAAGGCUUCAUCAUCUGUUACUCCAUCACGGACCGCAGGAGUUUCCACGAAGUCCGGGAGUUUAAGCAGCUUAUUUACCGAGUUCGGCGCACGGAUGACACGCCUGUGGUUCUCGUGGGAAACAAGUCUGACCUGAAGCAGCUGAGACAGGUCACCAAGGAAGAAGGGUUUGCUCUGGCCCGAGAAUUCAGCUGUCCCUUUUUCGAGACUUCUGCUGCAUACCGCUACUACAUUGAUGAUGUUUUCCACGCACUUGUCCGGGAAAUACGUAGGAAAGAAAAGGAGGCAGUCCUGGCCAUGGAGAAAAAGUCUAAACCCAAAAGCAGUGUCUGGAAGAGGCUAAAGUCCCCGUUCCAGAAGAAGAAGGAUUCAGUCACCUGAGAGGGUGCGGCCUGUCCACCUGUGCACUGCAGGGCUUGAGCCUGCAGUUGAGCCUGUGGUGCUGCUCGUCCUCCUGCUACUGACUGUGAUUCGAGGGACCGGCGAGGGGACGGGGUGUGGCUGCGAGGAGCUUCCAGUGAUGGGUAUUUAAAGUACUGUUUCUUAGUUGAUUCUGGUUUCUUAACCAGCAGAGCACUGUCUGCUCUGCAGCGGUCACAUUAGUAUUCGCGCUGCCCUGCUGGGUCCUGCUGCCCACACGAACCCACGUCGUUCACACCCGGACAGUGAGCGCCCGUGUGUGAGCAGGUGCACAGUGGGGCCUGCCGCCUCGCCUGCCCUGCGUGCCAGAGACCACGAAGAUGCCCGGUGGGUGUGAGUGGGAGGGGCCUGGCUUUUCUGAGCAGCGCGCAUGGUGGGGCUCGGGGGAGUGGGGGGACUUCAGGGUUUGCCUUUCUGUCUCUGCAAAUGUAAACGCUUGGCAGCCUCUGGCUUGCUGACUCUUGUUUGAACCCUUAGCCGGGGCAGCCCCCGCCUUGGGCAGGGAGCUCGCAAGGAUGGAGGCUUCCAGUGUCCCUUCACUUUCUCUGUGCUCUUAGAGAAGUUAGGCCCGGCAAUGUGGUGUUUAGGGCCUCGUCCGACUGACUGCAUCUUCAUGCAGAGGAGAUACCACAAGUGUGACUAAGUUAUGUGUGCGCCUCCUUGACCUCCAGAGUCACUAGGCGCAGUGUUCUAAGGGAGCAGGUGGCUGGGCAUGGUGGUGCGUGCCUGUAAUCUCAGCACUGAGGAGACUGAGGCAGGAGGGUGGCCAUGAGUUCAAAGUCCCGCCUGAAGCACAUAGUGUUUCAAAAACCAAAAAAGAAAAGAAAGCCUGUGUUUUUUCAGUUUAUUGGGUCGGUCUUGAAGCUUUCAUGUUCACAUGGAGUUUGUAACCUGAAGAUUUCCUUCAAAGGACCUUACAAAGUUCACCUCAGGGUUGAGUGAGCCUUGACAAAGUUUAGAUCAAGAGAAAACCAUGCGGCUCCGUGUACGUUUUGGGGAGCUGUCAUCCUAGGGAGAAACAGCUCUGAGUCGGUGGCGAGUGCCUGUGGGCUGCACCUGUGUGUGGAGAGUGCAGCAGGAGGGUGGACAGCGGCUCCUGUCACCAAAGCGGCUUUAUCCACUUUCAGCUCAGGGGACUUGCUGAGGCAGCCCUGAAAAAGCACAGGGCUCAACUGGCUCUUUUCCAUUGUGGUUAAAGGCAGGAAGAUGGGGCCGUUGUGUUCUUCUAUAUAAAUCAGUGGUCUAGGGCCCAGAUUUAAAGAAAGGCAAGUGAUAGAACUUCUUUAGCUCUGAGUAGUGGUCCCUUGUGAAACUCCUGAACACUCGGUAGCAGAUUAGUCCCGUUUCUGGUGCUCAAGCCAUCCAGAAGUGAAGGGUGACCAGUUGAGUCCACGGGUCUCACGGGAGCCACGGUACAGGGAGGAAGCACGAAAGCAGAACAGAAAUGAGAUGCCAUUCCACUGUGACGUUACCCCUCACUUAAACGGGUUCAGCGCCGCAGCUCCUCCCUACUGAUGACCUAGGGAACUGUCCUUAGCACCCAGCAAGGAAGGUUCAGCUGAAUACACACACACACACACACACACACACACACACACACACACGCAAGGAAGGUUCAGCUGAAUACAC